AUGGCAAAUGUUAACUACACUGUAAUAAAUGUAACCAGCUUUAUAAUCACUGGAUUUGAUCACCUGCAAAACCAAAAACUCCUUGGAUUCCUCAUCUUAUUAGCCUACAUGCUCAUAUUGUUUGGGAACAGCUUAAAUCUGUCCAUAAUCUUGACUGCCAGACAUUUACACAAACCAAUGUACAUAUUAAUCUGUAACCUUGCUAUUGUUGACAUAAUGUACACCUCUUGCAGCAGUCCAACCAUGAUCUCAGUGCUGCUGGCUGAGAUUAAAACUGUUUCAUAUUACUCUUGUAUCUCAAGGAUGUUUUUCUAUCAUCUUGGUGAUAUCACAGAAUGCCUUGCUCUGACCUUGAUGGCAAUAGACCGACUUAUUGCAAUUAGGUUUCCUUUAAGGUACCACAGCAUUGUAACAAAUUCACGAGUAAUUCUGCUUAUUUUAUUAACUUGGAUCGCUGGAUUCAGCCUGAUGGGUUUUGCAAUAUCUGUGGUAGAUAGUCUUCCAUACUGCAAGGCUGUCAUCAGAUAUGCUUAUUGUGACAGUGCUUCUUUGAUCAGAGCUUCUUGUAUUGAUCCCGAACCUUUUUUUUUCAUCGGUGCAAUGAUAAAUUUGUGGCAAAUCUGUGGACAGUUUUCCUUUAUUUUCUGUACCUAUGCUGUGCUGGCAUACACUGUGGCCAAACUUACCAACAACUCAAACAAAAAGCAAAUGAUCAACACAUGUGUAAGUCACGUUAUUGUACUGCUCAGUUAUUUUGCUCCAAAACUGGUCUCUGUUUUACUAACUCGAAUAGGAGUUGUGCUAACUUUAACAGAGAGAAAUGCACUACAGAUUGUUGCAGCUUUGACUUCACCUCUAAUAAACCCAGCAGUUUACUCCAUCAGGACUAAAGAGAUCAGGAAACGAUUAGCAGAUGUGUUCCUAUUCAAAAAAGUUGCACCAAUUCAUUUGAAGACAAGUUUAUAA